AUGCUAGGAAUCGGUGUAGAUUGCGUACUGAUCAAUCGAAUCGAAAGCAUAGUGGGCAAGCGACUCGACCCCCAUUCGCUUGCCAAACGGAUUUUAUCCGCUAACGAAUAUAAAUAUUUUGGCAGCACUUUCACAGAUCCACGCUCAUCUAAAUGUGUUUCGUUUCUGGCUGGUAGAUUUGCAUUAAAGGAGGCCUCUUUCAAGGCCCUCAGCUCUUCAUCGGCUCUUAAAUGGAACUUUUCUUUCAAAGACAUAGAAACCGCUACCCAAGACGGCUCCUGCGUUCCGGUUACUACAUAUCUGCCAUCAAAUCUCCCACUUGUCACCUCGUUGACUCAUGAUGGAGGCAUUGCAAUUGCCGUAGCAUUGGUGACUAAUAGAGUUUAA